UAAGCGCAAGAGCUUUAUCGGACGAAUUUCAAUCUUUGUCGUUUACAAUCGGAGCGGGGGAGAGAGCGGAGAAAUUCUACUUUUUAAUUCCAGAGAAGCAGAGACAUGGAAGAACCGAUCAAGGACCAGCAAUCUACUCCACUUCCUGGGUUAGGGAACUCUGCGAAACCCAAGCUCCAGCGUUAUGCUUUGCGAUCGGGAACUAAAUCCAAGGAGGAGAAGCCUCCUGUGCCUGAAUUGUCGAAUCCUCCUUCUUCUACCUCUAAAAGGGGUAGAUCUGUAUAUAGUGUGAGUAAAAGUGUUGGAGUCCUUGACCUAUCUGCCAAGGAAAAGUCUGCUAAACCACCAAGAAGGCUGUCUAUUCCAACUAAAAAUGUAAGCCCAAAUCGAAAAGUAGUUGGCAACAUUACGCCAAUAUCAGAGGUCCGGAGGACUGCCAGAAGCCAGGGGAAAAGUGACACACCUGUUUCUGACGUUCCACGGUCAAGCAGGAAAACAUUCAACACUUUAUCUUCAACAUCAUAUUGGCUAUCACAGAUCAAGCUCUCUGAAGCUGCUUCUAAGCAUACGGUGUCGCUUGGAUUUUUCAAACUUGCACUGGAGGCAGAGUGCAAGCCUUUUCGUCGGAUGCGUGAUGAACUUAAGUCCUACUUAGAACGUUGCAAACUUGAUGAAAGUGAACAAACAGUGAAAGACUUGCUUGAAAGCUACAAUACAUCUGAAGAUUCAGAGCAACUGCAGGUUUCUGAAACUUAUUCUCAGGGGCCCGAAGUGGGAACAAGGUCUUCGGAUGAUGAAGUUCAUAGCUCUUCAUCCACAGUGGAGCCUAGGAAACUUAAACCAAAAUCCUUAAACACUGAUGUUGCUGCUAAAACUACCCCAGUCACUGAUGUCAACCAGAGAAAUCCUACUACAACACCCAGGAAUAGGGGCCUCUGGAAUAAAAAUGCUGCCGCAAAUUCAACUUCAGAGACGGUGAAAAAAUCUGUGAAGAAACCCCAAAAGCCAAACAAGCAAGAACCCAUUCAAGGAAAGGAUAAGGUCACCAAACACGGAAAGAAACAGCUCAGUGGGAAAGUUCCAGCUAGUACGAGUCCUGAAGAGGAUUCAGUGCAAUCAAACAAAGAAAAUUUGGAGGAGGCCCCCCAAAUUGAAGUGAGAUCUGCAGAAGAAGUUAUAUAAAAGAGAACUUGUGCUCGUGAGAACUCAGAUUCUUGUGUUUGGUCCCUGUUUUGGUUUUUGUAAUUUGUGUGAGGUUUUGAAGUGGGGUGAUUUCUUUCAAGUACAGGAGUGAUGAAGUGAAAAGUGUCAGCCUGCGGGUAUCUUCUUAUUAUAAACAUAAUAGUUUAUAAGCUAUGUCCUCUUUUGCUGAAUACAUUUGUACAAGAGGCAUUACUAUCUUUCCCCAAAGGAAAAAAAAAGGCAUUACUACCAACUCUGUUGAAAAUUGUAAUAGUUGAUUCAUUGUUUUUUUAAUAU